CUAUUUUUAUGAUCCCAAUUUGCUCAAAUGGUUAUGAUUACAAUAAUUUCAAAACGAACAAUGGAUAUCCCUAAAUAUUAACAAAUCAUAUAUCUCCAAUUAAGAAUAUCUUAGCACCAAGCAGAUAGGAAAUAUUAAUAGAUAUUCUACAAAGCAAGUUUAAUGGAUUCAUUAAAGAUGUUGAGCUAGCCAAAUAAAAAAUUAUCAAGGUUAUUAAAGACUGUUCAGAAAAUAAUAUUUUUACUAUACAAGACAAACCAAUUAAUUUUGAUGACUACAUGAAUUUUAUAGAAAACAACACCAAAAACUAUAUAAAUGAGAUUAAAAAUCAUCAUAAACUUACUAUAAACUUAAUAACUCAGGAGAGCUCUGAAAUCACGCAUUAAUCAUCAUCUUUUGAUAUGUAACAAAUGUGUGAUAAAUGCUAAGUGAUGGUUGAAAAAGACUUAGUUUAGUUGGAUUGCUUUCAUUGCUAUCAUCAAAAAUGUGUAGGUGAUUACAUCAAAAUACAGAUUAAUAAUAAUUGCAAAACAUUGAGAUGCCUAAAUUGUCAAUAAAAAAUAAAAAGCUCAAUUCUAAGAAAGUUUGUUCCAUUUUAGUUAAUAGAUAAAAUGUUUAAAGAAUAAUUAAAAUCAAUAAAAAAUAGUUUCUUACCAAAUCAAAUCUUUAGCUGCAAGAAACCUGGGUGUAAUUAUUUUUGCAUUAGACAUCAUGGAACUAAGGGACCAGUUAGAUGUCAAAUAUGCGAAAGCCUUAUAAAUAACUGA